AUGGUUUCUGAUAGACGGGUCAUUAAUUCCCUAUCUUCCCGGUGGCGGGGCCCCAGUUUUUGGUCCCCGGCUGUCGGGAGGAGGGGUGGCGUGGCCAUUUUGCUUUCAAGUAGUUUACAAGAUAAUCUCUCUGUUUGGAAAAAGGAUACUGAGGGUCGGGUCCUUAGUGUAUUACUUAAAAUUGAUUCCCAGUCUAUUAAUUUAGUUAAUGUGUAUGCUCCAACUGUACCGGCUGAUAGACGAGUCUUCUACCAGUCGGUCCAUUUGUACUUCUUUCCACACUCCUCGCUGAUAGUUGGUGGUGAUUUCAACUGUUAUGACGGUUCCUCAGAUAAGUUUGGGGGCACCGUCUCUAUUAGUUCUGACUUGUCUGACCUUAAAUCGUGUUUUUUGUUAAGGGAUGCGUGGCGAGCUUCGCAUCCCAGAACCCGCCAGUUUACUUGGUUUAAUUCA